AUGACCCCCUCGACUUUUGUCCGCCUCGUGCCUGCGCUUGCACUGGCUCUGCUCGCGGGCCAGGCAACCCAUGCGCAAGCGCAGGGCCCCCACGCCUGGACUCCCAUCUCGAAUGGUGCCGGCAUCCUGAGCAUCGACUACCAGCAGAACCAGGUGAUGCUGUGCGCCACACAGCGCUUCCACCUCGCCAUCAACAAUGCCGGUCACGACUCCGCCAACGUGUGGUGCACCAACGGAGCGCCCCCGUGCCGCUUCACGACCGACUGUACGGGCCACGGCUGCGUCUUCAACAGCGCCAACUUUGUCGACGUCGAUGGCAGGCACAAGUACUGCACCUACGCCAACGUCGGCCACGCCACCUACUAUUCUCCAACGCCCGACCCCCGCGGAGCGACCAUCUUUGACGUGAUCAAGGGCGCAGGAGGCGGCACCUCCUGGGGCGUUGUGGUUGGCAACAACUUCCAGUUCCAGAACUACAACGCCAACUUCCACUUCUCGUAG